UGUCACUCCAGUGGUGAACAGCGCGAUGACGCCGACGCGAAGGGUGCGAAGCUUCCCCCUGAUUGCUCUUUUUGUGUGCUUCCUGAACGGAACGAGAUAUAAGACCAAGAGCAGGGGUCGGGCCGGCGCUGUUCCACCCUUGGCGCGCGAUGUUCAAGAACGCUGCACUGUUCUGCGCAUGGAUUUUCGUGAGCUGGGUGUGCCUGGCUGCAUCUCUACAAACCGAACCCGGCGAGUCUUCCAGACCUCCACACAUUAUCUUCAUCCUGGGAGACGAUAUUGGCUGGAACGAUGUGAGCUUCCAUGGCUCGCGGCAGAUUCCCACGCCGAACAUCGACGCUCUGGCCGCUAGCGGCAUGAUGCUGCAGAGGCACUACACUUCGCCGGACUGCACGCCUUCUCGGACAGCGCUGAUGACGGCGCGCUACCCGGCACGUACCGAUGUGGGAUACGAGGUGUUCCCACCAGCGUCGAAGGACACCCUCUCGCUGCGCUUCGAGCUCCUGCCGCAGUGGCUGAAGAGGCUCGGAUACAGCACACACAUGGUGGGAAAGUGGCACCUGGGGUACAAGAGUGUGCAGCACACACCGACUUGGCGUGGCUUCGACACAUUCCUCGGCUACUACAACGGCGACAUCUUUUAUUUCAACCACACCAUUAGGGAGGAACAACAUUGCGGCUUGGAUUUAUGGCGCAACGUCGGCCAUUCGACGCAGUCUGCCACAGAUCUAAACGGCACCUACUCGACGCAUCUGUUCAACGACGAGGCCAAGCGCAUCAUCGCUGAACACGACGUAAAAAAACCCCUGUUUCUACAUGUUUGUCAUGAGGCUGGCCACACCGUUUGCGACAACUGCACCGCAGAGGCACCGAAAGAGAACGUGGACAACUUCGCGUACAUCUCAAACUACAACAGAAGUGCAUUGGCCGGUGCUAUUGAAGUCAUGGACCAAUCCGUAGGUGAAGUGCUGGCGGCGCUGCAGUCGCGAGGCAUGCUCGCCGACAGCAUCGUGAUUUUCGCCAGCGAUAACGGCGGAGGACCACUGGCUUCAUCGGCCGUUAAGUACUCCAACGCAGGCUCCAACUGGCCCCUUCGCGGGGUCAAGGAGGAAAUUUGGGAAGGCGGCGUGCGGACGCCCGCGGUGUUCUGGUCCGGACGUUCCAGCGGAAGCCUACCCCGACCACCGUCGCAGCAAGUGCUGCACAUCUCCGACUGGGCGCCAACGCUGUACGCUGCCGCAGGUGGCGACCCUCGAGACCUUGGUGACGUGGACGGUAAGAACCAAUGGGAUUUGCUGUCCACUGGUAAAGGCAACGGACGCGAGGAAGUCCUCCUGGACAUAGAAGGCAAGGAAAAAAUGGCAGCUCUGAUUUCCGGCAGGUACAAGCUGGUGAGUCGACCCAGCGGUCCUAACGACCCGGAGCUCGACACUCAAGUGGCACCUCCGCAGGGGCAGCCUCCCGAGGACCUCGACCUGGACACCCUGGUGACGUCAUCGAUGGCCUGGAAGGCGCUGCAGAACGCUUCGCUUGACGCCGGCGGGCGAAGCCAGUCUUCGCCGCGAGCCAACUGGCGCCAAGAGGCAAUGCUCAACUGCACCGCGAAUAACGGCAGCACGCAGAGCAACUUCGAUCCGUACGACAAAGUAUUCGUGUUCGACAUCUUCAGCGACCCGUGCGAGCUUAACAACCUCGCAUCAUCCAACACCAAGUUGCGGGAUGAGUUGCUGAAGAAGCUGGCCGAGUACCGGAAAACCACUAAGCCUCGACCCAGCAACUACAUAAGUGACAAGCGCGGAUACCCGGAGCAUCACCACUGCACCUGGUCACCGUGGAUAGGUGUGAAACGAGCGCCGUAUCAGAACUGCUCAUGCUAAAAAAGCCGCCGAUACACGGGCUUCCAGACAAUCCAGGAAAUCACAACCGUACGAACUGACACGACCAGCUCACAUAUUUCAGUUUCAGUUCAGUUUCAGUUUAUUGAGCAUUUUCUUCACAGAGUUGCGAAAAAGAAAACGCAAGGAUAA